AUGGUGAGAAGUCUUGCUGUCCUACUCCUUCUAACUGCAGUACAUGCAAGCAGUCAAAUCACCACGGAUUUCGAGAUUCAUGAAGGGACCGAAGUGAACUCCACCGUUGGUUCACUGCGCGAUGCGGUGCCCACUUAUUCGAGCACAAAAACGGUCUUCCUCUACACCGGCGAUUUCUUCUACGUGGACAGCCAAUCAGGCGAGGUCAAGGUCAAAACUGUUCUUGAUCGUGAAAGCCUCUGUCAAGAUCACAAACAAUGCUGUGGUACUGUGAACUGUACCCUCAAUGAAACUGUCUAUAUGAGCGACGCACAGGCAAAAGGCACUAUGACAGCAGUGCAGCUGAGAGUCAAGGUGAUUGACAUAAACGACAACGAGCCGACUUUUGCCAGUCCUCUCCAACGGGUAAGCAUUAUGGAGAACUCGGAACUGGGGAAGUUAAUCGGUCUUCGACCGGCUACUGAUGCUGACGUAGAUCCACGGAACAAGGUCACGCGGUACCAGUGGACUGAGGCGACAGAGACAUUUAUCUUGGAUCAGUCCAACCUGCCCGCCAUUCAGUUACGUCUCAACUCGCCUGUGGAUCGUGAGGUUCGGUCGAAUUACUCCGGCGUCUUGUCGGCUUGCGAUAUUCACUCCUGCGUCUCGACCAAAGUUUUAAUUGAGAUUAAAGACGCAAAUGACAACUUGCCGCAGUUCCGCAAACGUCAUUAUGGAAUUGACAUCCCAGAGGCUCUCUCUGUUGGGUCUGUCAUACUGCAUUUAAAUGCCACUGAUGCAGACUCACCGGAAUACGCAAGAAUAUCUUACUAUUUCCGUGAGCCAGUUGAUCCAGAUUUGGAGGACACAUUUGAAAUCGUUAAGAACACUGGAGAGAUUAGAUUACGGAGGUCGUUGGAUGCAAAGAUUCGCAGUUUCUACGAUUUUAAAGUUGUAGCUUGUGACAGCAGUGCCAGUGAUUGUGCCAGCAAUCCGGCUUCAAACGCAGACGUUACAGUGCGUGUCAAUGAUGUUAACAAUAACCGGCCCAUAAUCGAGGUCGUUCCCGCCGGCGAAUCAGUUUCCACUUCAGACGAUCUGGCGGUUCCGGAGAACUCCCCGCCGGGACAGAUUGCAGUGGUUAGGGUCAAAGAUGCCGAUAUUGGAGAGAACUCGCGAACCGCCUGUGAAUUGGACAGCCACAGCACCUUCGAACUAUCUCACAGUGCUCCAGACCUCUACUCCCUCCGGACCCUUCGAUCUUUUGAUUUUGAGCAGGAGUCCGUCCUCACCACAACCAUCCGGUGUCGCGAUUUUGGAUCCCCGUCUCUCAGCUCCACACGAACUUUAACUCUCCGUGUACUCGAUGUGAACGAGUACCCUCCGGAGUUUAAGAUGCGAGUGUUCAAGGCCACCGUUUCGGAGAAUUCGCCGCCUGGUGUGGAGAUCAUCAGCCUUAGUGCCGUAGACAGGGAUGGUCAGUCGGAAUUGCGAUACAGUCUAGCUCCUCCUCUGCCUCACAUUGGUACAAGUGAGGAUCCCUAUCCUGCGGAGAGUUUGUCCAACUCCUUUGAGAACCUUGGAGUCAAUGCACACUUCGAUUUGGAUCCAAAAACCGGAGUUCUGCGAACCAGCAGGGUGCGUCUAUGUAUGCGUCUCUUUUUUCCUCUCUUUGUGCAUUAA